CUCAUCUAUCUAUCUGCCCGUCUUCCCCUUCUGGAGCCCCACAAACCGUGGCCGUCGCUUCGGCGCCAUGAGAAGGUGCUUGACGAUAGUCUCACCCUUCAGCCCACACGCAAGCGCCCUCUCGUACCAGUGAUGCAGCCUGAUCUGCUCCUCGCACCGUCGCAUGUCCAUCACGUGGCUCCCUCUCCCCUGCCCAGCCAUACCUACACCAUGUUGGUGCCUCAAUCUCGCUCGGUUGGUUUGUAGUGGGGGCAGGUCAGGGAUGGGGGUGUCGCUCUCUUCCUUGGGCGCCGAGGACAGCUCUCGGCUCUCGGGCGAUGCGCUGGUGACGCUUCUGGUCUUCCGCCUCUUGGGCCGUGUCUUGUUGUCUGCACUGGUGACGGCAGAGCUGCUCUGGCUGGCCGAAUGCUGAGACAUGGAGCUGACGCUCUUCUUGCUGCCCUUGCUGCCGUCCCUGUGGGUGUGGCGCGUCAGCAGCACACUCGCCCUGAAGCUUGGACUGCGGAGGGCAAGCGACGAUGUCUUUAUCUGAGGUGGGAAGGCACGAUGGCUGGGUGAAGGCCUGCAUGUGUGUCUUUUGUUACCAUUGCGAGUUCGCUGUCGAGCUCACUCAUGUGGAAGGCGAAUUUGCUCGUCUUCGUGAAGGCCUGCGGGGGCCGUGUGUCACUCUGGGAGGACUGCACGAUUCGCGCGAGGAGGGCUGAGGCUCCCAGGGCAUCAUUGGGGUGUGCGAGGGGGGAGGAGGAUGCUGACAUGUGUCGAGGGGAGCAUGCAGUGGGGGAGGCCUGGGCGGAAGCCUGUGCUGGGCCCUCAGGGACCGGAGGCAGGUCUGGAGGAAGCAUCCUCACUUUGAGAUGGAACCAAGGGGAGUGGAACAGUGGGCCCCAAAAAGGCAAGCUGGUUCGUCGCGGGUCAUCCCCCUCCCCUACCCCCUCCCCCACCCCCUCCCCCAUUUCGACAAGUGAAGUAAUAUGCAGCUCCCCACCCAUCCCUUAUCAAUCCACCUCCUCUACUUCGGGCGGUCCAUCUGGGCCGUUCUUGCCUUUUGCAUCCUCAUCGCGAAGGAGGUAGAACGAGAAACUUCCUACCCGCCCCUUUGACGCCAUCAGCCUUCUUCCAGCGCUGAGCCAGGCACCCUAUCACCUCCAUGGUGAGCUCCGCCGGCAGCUUGGUCAUCUGCGGCUUCCACACUUCCGGCGGAUGCUUCACCACCUCCUUGGCCAGCGACUCAGCCACCCUGUCCUGGGGGAAGUUGGUACUCGUCAUGAGGUUCGGCUUGAGCUCCAGGACUAAGAUUGCCACACCGAGGGUCCACUCGGGGAUGCACGAGUAGAGCACGUCCAGGAUGACAGCCACGUGCGCCUCCAUGCCGAGAUACUCACACAUAGCCAGCAGGUACAGCAGGCCGCCGUACACCAUGGUGCCGUCCGGCUCGUGCUUCUUCUGCGGAGGGCCCUCGGAAGACGCCGCCGCCGCCGCUGCUGACCCCUCUUGCACGGGCUCAUCGUCCUGCUUGUGGUGUGUAGGCACAUGAAGGGCGUAGGGGCGGUUCUGACAUGAAUGGAACCGGCAAAUGACACACCCAGCAGAAUGGCGUGUUGGCUGUUGUCUUACCUUCAUGCCGGUGAUGUGAUUCUUGAGCAGCUGAAAUGAACGGAAGAAGCAGAUGGGGCAUCAGGUCAGAGGUACAGCAACGCGCGGGUGCCAUUCCUACCUCAGAAUCUGCCAUCUCCGAGAGUGCCAUCAGCACGGUCAGGUGUUUGAAGGUCUCGGCAUGGAUGUACGGCAGCUCCACCUCCUGUUUGGCGUUCUCGACAAACCCAUCACGCUCGAUGGCAGCAAAGUAACCCGAAUGCUUGACGAGCAGAUCCUGCACAAAAGAGAGGCACGUGAAUGUGGCGUUCCCACGUGUCUGCCCAUCUCCCGCCUCACCUUCUUCUCGGUAAAGGUCUGCUGCGCGUCGCCUGAGCCAACGACUAUCUUGAAAAACGACGCCUCAGCCAUGGCGCCGCCUCGCACACCUCUCACCCAAACUCCGUUUCUUCGAUCCGUUUCGCUACUUUCGUUGUAUGCUACAGUCUGGCAGCGCUAGAGGAGUGCCG